GAGAGUCUACAGAGGUCUGCGCGGCUCUGCUCUCAACAACAUGCCUGCUUUAACUCAACACCAGCAGCUCCGGCCACUUCAGCGGAGGAGCUCCCGGCUCUAGUAAGAGAGGCAGCACUUCACUUCAACGUAAAUAUGAUCAACAGAAGACACCCCUGCCUUAGUAAGAGAGGAGGUGUAUGGGGCCUAUGCAUCCUCCUCCUCUACACCAGCCCUCUGUCUUGUUUGGCAAAUUUCAGCAAAGCGAAAGAGCUCGUCUAUAAGAUAAAGGAGGGAUUACCACGUGGGACAUUUAUAGGGGCCAUUGGAGUUGACUUAAACUUGGAUUUUAAUGCCAAACCCCCCUUUUUAUUCAAUCUGGCUCAAAAGAAGGUCAACGAGCAGUACGUGACCCUUAAUAAUACCACUGGGGAGCUUUACACAUCUGCCACGGAGAUUGACAGGGAGACCCUCUGUCCAGACAACUCCGAGGUUAAGGCCUGUGUCUUGUCUCUGGAUGUGUUGGUGCUACCACAACAGUACUUUCAGCUUGUCAAAGUCAAGAUUGUUAUUGAGGAUGUGAACGACAACAGGCCAAAGUUCCCUGUGGAUGAAAUCAUUUUAACUGUCCCAGAAAAUUCACCCGUCAAUGCUCGUUAUGCGGUCGAGCAGUCGGCGGUUGACCCAGACUUGGGGCUCCAUGGGGUGCAGACGUAUUGGCUUGUUAAUGACUUUGGGGUCUUCACUCUGGAUGUUGAGGAAAACGAUGGGGGAGAGUUGACGCCAUUCCUCAUUGUGACCGAAACUUUGGACAGAGAAACCCAAGCAGAGUAUGUAACAGAUAUUAUAGCAGAGGAUGGCGGGGCACCUCCUCUUCUUGGGGCGGCUACUUUAAAAAUCCAGAUAUCCGACGUGAAUGACAACUGUCCAAAAUUCACAGAGACUCAUUUGAAUAUUACUGUCCAUGGGAAUACAAGUAAAGGAGCACCGAUAGCAAGACUCCACGCUUACGACCCUGACCUGGGUGCUAAUGCUCAGAUCAGCUACGCCUACAGUGAGCGAGUGCCAAGGGAGACUAGGAGCUUGUUCCAUUUGGACAGUAACACGGGCAUCAUUAAGCUAGCGGGAAAAAUAGAAUCUGGCACUGCCCCACACUACAAACUGACAGUAUUAGCCAAUGGGCCUGGUUGCAUCCCAGCUGUUACAACUGUUACUCUCAACAUAAUCAAAAUGCUUACUGGACCUCCUGCUAUCAUACCGAGAUAUAUCGCGCUCGAGAAAGACGGAGUUGUUUAUUUGAAAGAAUCAGAACCAGCACUUUCUCCGAUAGCUUUUUACACGGUUAAAAAUGUAGGAUCAAAUCAAAAAGUCGACUGCCAUCUGGAGGGGAGUGGCCCAUUUAGACUAAGCCCCUACCAGCUGAUUAAAAAUGAAUACUUAUUGGAAACCACAGAAGCACUGGACUAUGAAACAGCACAAGAGUUUGACCUAAUCAUUGUCGCUAAUAAUUCACAAGGGUUGGUAAUUAAAGCCUUUUUAAAAAUUCAAGUCUUGGAUGAGAAUGACAACGCCCCAGUAUUUCAACAGUCCAUAGUUGAGCUAACCAUUGAAGAAAACAAUCCACCCAAUACGUUCUUAACGCAAUUCCAAGCUACGGAUCAGGAUAGCGAUAGCAGAGGAGAGGUUAUCUAUCUCUUAGGAGGGGAUGCACCGGGGAUAUUCGAACUGGAUCGGGUUACGGGUGUCCUUAUAGUCACUACAUCAUUGGACCGCGAAGAAAAGGAGACAUAUCGUUUCAUUGUGAGAGCAUUGGACCAGGGGACACCUAGGAAGGAGUCUAUUGCAACCGUUGUCCUAACUGUGCAAGACUGCAAUGACAACAGCCCACGUUUCAUCAACAAAGAUUUCACUUUCUUUGUACCGGAGAACUUCCCAGGAUAUGGUGAGAUUGGAGUACUUUCGGUUAGAGAUGCUGAUGCUGGGGAGAACGGUUGGGUUGCAUUAUCGAUUUUAAAUGGUACCGAUAUUUUUAUGAUCGAUACAGGACGUGGUAUAUUGAGAGCCAAAACUUCGCUAGACAGAGAACAACAAGGGACCUAUCAGUUGUGGGUUGAAGCUGUGGAUGGGGGCGAACCGCCUCUGUCUUCUGUUACCAUGGUGACAGUUUUAUUAUUGGAUGUAAAUGACAAUCCACCAAUCGUCCUAUUUCCGCAGUCGAACCUGUCUUAUAUGCUAGUCCUACCUAGCACAUUGCCUGGGACGUCUAUUACGGAAGUGUACGCUGUGGAUAAAGACACAGGGAUGAACGCAGUGAUUGCUUACAGUAUCAUCAAACGAAAAGGUGGUGAGCCAGGUUCCUUCGCUAUUGAUGCCCAAACUGGAAAUAUCACUCUAAAACGUGAAUUAAGCAACAGGGGUUUAUGCAGUUUACUGGUUAAAGUAAGCGAUCACGGACAACCAGAGCCACUCUACUCAACUGUCAUGGUAAACUUUUUUGUGAAUGAAACUGUUAGCAAUGAGAGCUACAUCCAAAGCUUGCUAACCAGGGAGGCAGACAUAGAAGUUGAGGAAAAACCCUGGUUUACUGGUCAAAUGAAGGAAGGACCCGAAAGAUAUGAGUUGUUCCCCUGCCAGCCCGUUCUCAUAGCUCUCUCUGCAACUUGUCUUGGGCUGUUUCUUUUAGUGGUGAUGCUGACAUCAUAUAUUUGCUGUAAAAGGUUGAAAAAACAUCGAAAGAAGACAAAAUUGGAGACUGAAAUACCUUUGAAAAUUACUCAUGAUCAGUACAUGUUUGAACAGAAAAUCAGGCAAAUCUCAAAUCUUUGA